AUGACUGCCGACGCUCGCUCCCGCGUGAGGCCCCCGCUGUCGCAGGGCUACCUCGGCAACGCCAUCUUCCGGUGCUCGGCCGUGGCUUCGGCGGGAGAGAUUAUCUCGGGGGCGCUGGCGACGGCCCGGUUGGACGAUGAGUACGUGAGGUCCCUGAUCGACUUCUUGGAGGUGAAGGAGGACGUAAGGGGGCUGGCCAAAGGGUCGUGGGUGAUGCCGGCGACGGACGUGUGGGUCAUCAGCUGGCAGGGCCUUCGGAUCUACGACGCCGAGUUCGGGUGGGGGAGGCCGACUUUCAUGGGGCGAGCUCGCCUGCAGUUCAGGGGCCUCGUCUACAUCUCACCCAACCCCCUCGACGAUGGGGGCCUCACCAUCGCCAUGGCUCUGGAGCCGGAGACCAUGCCGCGAUUCGAGGAGAUCUUCUACGGCGACAUCGUUCGCAUGGAGUAG